AUGAUUCUUUAUAAAGAUAUUGUAGAACAAGUAUUUGGUUUAUUAAAAGAAGAGCAAUAUCAUGAUGCAGAAACUGAUUUAAGUAGUCAAAUAAAUAUUAAUUAUGAAACAUUAGAAAAAAAUAUGAUUAGAGAUGUUAUAGGUGAUGUUUUAUAG